GAGCAGAGCCACAGCGCUGGGGCUCGCAGCACCUCACCAUGGCCUCCCGUAGCGCAGGCACACUAUUGACCGAAUUCAAUGCCGCCUUCGUGCCCCCCGCUCUCAUGCCCGGGCAGGCAAGUGAUGGGACUGGAGAAGCUGAUGGCUGAAAAUUAGCCCGGGAUGAUGCCAUCUGCUAUGGAUGGGGCCAGAGUGAGGAAAGAAAAGAUGAAAACGAGCGUGUUUGGAGCAGCAGAGGAAUAAUGUAUAAAGGCCAUGUCCCCGGUGUGGCUUCCUCCUUCGGCUCCCCUUACGGCACCACCACCUUCAAGUACUUCCAGGACCUCCGCAAUACAGCCUUGGAGAAGAGCUAUGCACUCCUCAGUGGAGGCCGCUUUCCCACCAUCUUCUCCCCUAACCCCUCCCUGGUGCUGGCUAGUCAAGUGCAGAGCUGGGAUCGCUGGCUGCAUCUGCCCAUCUACACCCGGUUCAACCUGGACAGCAGCCGCAACUUCGAGAUCAAUAACUUCUACCAGACAGCACAACAGCAGCGGAACUACUACCAGGACAAGACUGGCACGGUGCCCCGUGUUCCCUACUUCGUGCUGCCUGUGAAGGAGCGGAACCGGUACCCCCUACCCACUGACUUGCCUCCUCUGAGCCCGAAGAAUAAGUGGCACCUUCUAAGAGUGUCCCCCGACUACCUGAAGACCUACCAGACUUUCCCAUCAGGGAAGAGAGUCUCCUCACAAGAGCGACAACGGAGGGACCUUUACUUCGAGUUCAGAGCCUGAAACCAAGUGGCUGAGGCCAGGGAGCCUGGGCCUGACCAGGCUGCCUUGCUUGAAAUAAAAUCUUCAGCCACAGCCAUC